GACUGCCACCUGCAGAUAAACCCCCCGAAGAAGAAGAAGAAGCCCGUCAGCCACCUUCUUAGCUUGUUAGCCAAUAUAGCCGGAACAUUGCAGCUCUUCAGACGGUUUCGGUGAAUGGGAAGUUGCUGUGUUGAAAGCACACGUCUGACGUAUCUACUAGUUACCCCGUUUAAUUUUAUAAUUACGUUGUUAGUCAUCUCGCUAGCUGGUUAAGUUAGCACUAAGCUAGUUGUUUAUGCUAAUUUAACUAGCUAGCUAACAUCCCCGACCAUGAGCUCACUAAACAACUCCCCCACUGCCAAAGGACAGGAGGUCUGCUGGACGGAGAAAGAGGGUCUGUGGCUUAAUAUUGUCGUGAAAGAAGAGGAGGAAGAGGAGGACAUCACAUUGAAAGGAGAUGCAGGAGCGCUCAGAGAGGAAGAGGAGGACAUCACAUUGAAAGGAGAUGCAGGAGCGCUCAGAGAGGAAGAGGAGGACAUCACAUUGAAAGGAGAUACAGGAGCGCUCAGAGAGGAAGAGGAGGACAUCACAUUGAAAGGAGAUACAGGAGCGCUCAGAGAGGAAGAGGGGGAUGUCGUUUUUGGAGUGAAGGAGCUGGGGGAGGUCACUGUCACAUUGGAAAAUGAGGAGGGAAAAACUGGAGAUCUGAUGAACACCGGAGAGAGGCCAGACUUUCCCUCUGACAGCAGGAAGAGUCCCUCAGGGGAACCAGACCCAGAGACACCCAAACCAGUGAGACCACACCACUGCUCCCACUGUGGAAAGAGUUUUACCUGGUUAUCAAAGCUGAAAGAGCACGAGAGGACACACACUGGAGAAAAGCCUUACCAAUGUGUCAUUUGUGGAAAAACUUUUACCCAGUUAGGGGCUUUCAAUAUCAUGAGCGGACACACAGAGAAAACAAUACCUACCACUGCUCUCAGAAUGGAACGACAUUUCCCCAGUUAGGGAACCUGAAAAAGAACGACAGAAUUCUCACACAGGGAGAGAAGACAAACCACUGCUCCCGGUGCGGAAAGAGUUUUAAAUGGUUAUCAAAGCUGAAAGAGCACGAGAGGACCCACACAGGAGAAAAGCCUUUCCAAUGCUCCCAUUGCGAAAAGAAAUUUAACCAGUCAUCGCAUCUGAAAGAGCAUGAGAGAAUACACACAGGAGAGAAGCCGUACCAAUGCUCCCAGUGUGGAAAGGGUUUUACCUGGUUAUGGAACCUGAAAACACACGAGAGGACACACACGGGAGAAAAGCCGUACCAAUGCUCCCUGUGUGGAAAGACCUUUACCCAGUUAGGGGGCUUUAAAUAUCACGAGAGAACACACACAGAAAAAAAGAGCUACCACUGCUCUCAGUGUGAAAAGACAUUUACCCGGUUAGGGAACCUAAAAAAGCAUGAGACAAUACACACACAGGAGGAGACAAUACACACACAGGAGGAGACAAUACACACACAGGAGGAGACAAUACACACACAGGAGGAGACAAUACACACACGGGAGGAGACAAUACACACACAGGAAGAGACAAUACACACACGGGAAGAGAAGGCUCCCAGUGCGGAGAGACUUUUAGUCGGUUAGGGAACCUGAAAGAACAUGAAAUAACACAUAAAGGAUAGAAACCAGGGGUGAAUUCACCACCUGGUAAUUCUGGCAAAUGCCAGAUGGGCUGGACCAUUUUUUUAGUUGGGUGGUCAAAAUUGACAGGCACACGUAUUUUUUUAAAUAUAUUAAAAUACAAAAAUGACCUAUAAUAUAUAUUUUUGUGCAAUUUCUCAGUUAUACUAAUGAGCCUUUGGCUGGUCAGUGCAGUAGAACCUUCACUGGGCAACGGCCGGCCCCCCUACCAAGUUGGGCUGGCCAAUUUUACCAUUCAAUGUCAAACGCGGCAUCAGCAUAGAGACGUGCUCUGACAGUCAUCAGUAAGACAGCCAAUAUAGACUGUCAUCAGUAAGACAGCCAAUAUAGGCAGUCAUCAGUAAGACAGCCAAUAUAGGCAGUCAUCUGUAAGACAGCCAAUAUAGGCAGUCAUCUGUAAGACAGCCAAUAUAGGCAGUCAUCUGUAAGACAGCCAAUAUAGACUGUCAUCAGUAAGACAGCCAAUAUAGGCAGUCAUCAGUAAGACAGCCAAUAUAGGCAGUCAUCAGUAAGACAGCCAAUAUAGGCAGUCAUCUGUAAGACAGCCAAUAUAGGCAGUCAUCUGUAAGACAGCCAAUAUAGGCAGUCAUCUGUAAGACAGCCAAUAUAGACUGUCAUCAGUAAGACAGCCAAUAUAGGCAGUCAUCAGUAAGACAGCCAAUAUAGGCAGUCAUCAGUAAGACAGCCAAUAUAGGCAGUCAUCUGUAAGACAGCCAAUAUAGGCAGUCAUCUGUAAGACAGCCAAUAUAGGCAGUCAUCUGUAAGACAGCCAAUAUAGGCAGUCAUCAGUAAGACAGCCAAUAUAGGCAGUCAUCAGUAAGACAGCCAAUAUAGGCAGUCAUCAGUAAGACAGCCAAUAUAGGCAGUCAUCAGUAAG